AUGAGAAAUUAUUGCAUCUGGAAUUGCAUCCUCGUUUCGAUCUUUCUGUUACUAUGGAUCGGAAGUGUCGAUGGGAUUCAAAUAUGGGGCAUGCAGUAUGGACGUGCCCCGCUUUUGGAGAGAUUCACUUGGAAGAAAAUGGACUUCGCUUAUCCCGACGAGCGCAGCCGACAAUUAGCGAUAGCGAGUGGCGAAUACGUGCCGGAGAACUCUCUGCCGGUCGGCAUCGAAAUCUGGAGGAAUAAGCUGUUUGUCACGAUACCUCGAUGGCGCGAUGGAAUACCGGCUACGUUGAAUUAUAUACCGUUGGACGCUAAUCAAGGUACUUCACCGAAGCUUAUACCUUAUCCGAAUUGGGCCCAGAAUAAAGCUGGUCUUUGUGGUAGCGGCUUGACCACUGUUUACAGGAUUCACGUGGAUGCGUGCGAUAGAUUGUGGGUGUUGGAUACUGGAACAAUAGGAAUCGACGAAACGACUGUACAAGUCUGCCCUUACACCUUGAAUGUGUUCGACUUGACUACGGAUAAGCUACUGAGGCAAUACAGGCUCAGACCGGAGGACAUCAAUCAAAACACUUUUAUCGCCAACAUCGCGGUUGAUCUGGGAAAAGGCGGUUGCGGUGAUGCUUUCGCUUAUAUGUCCGACGAACUCGGUUACGGUUUGAUCGUGUACUCGUGGCAGCAAAAUACAUCCUGGCGAGUAACGCACAGCUACUUCAUGCCGGAUCCUCUGGCGGGUGAUUACAAUAUAGGAGGCUUGAAUUUCCAAUGGGGAACUGAAGGUAUUUUUGGAAUGAGUCUGUCGCCAAUAUUAGCAGACGGCUAUCGGACGCUUUUCUUCCAUCCCCUCAGCAGCUAUCGAGAAUUCGCGGUGUCCACAAGGAUUCUAAGAGACCAACAGUUGUCUCAAAAUAGUUAUCACGAGUUUCAGGUGUUGUCGUCGAGAGGGCCGCUUUCUCAUUGCACGGCAUCCGUAAUGGACGAGGACGGACUUCAAUUCUUUAACUUAAUUGAUCGGAACGCAAUUGGCUGUUGGAAUUCCGUGUUACCUUACGCGCCAAUCAAUCAAGCGAUCGUCGCUAGACACGACGAGGCUCUGAUAUUCCCAGCAGAUAUUAAGGUGAAGCGUGGCUUACUCUGGAUCAUGUCGGAUCGGAUGCCGAUCUUCUUGCUGUCGUCCUUGAAUUACACGGAUGUGAACUUCAGAAUACUCACCAUGCCGGUUCAGGCAGCGAUCGCCGGGACGGUCUGCGAUAACACACCCUGGAGAUAUACCAAGAAUCAAAUCUGGUAAUACUGACGAUUCAUUCGCUACGCGUAGAUUUCCGCGCUCGAUUCGCAAUAUGCAAUCAUGAGUUACGUUCAAUCUUUACGCGCCUGAGAAUGUAGUUUUCAGUAAACUGAAAAAAGAU